GAUUAGUUUAAACCAAUGAGCCAAACACGUUCUUUAGCCAUCGUUCGUAAAAUUGGGGCCGAGAGAGAAACACAAAUUUUCCAGGCAAAGGCAGUGAUUGAAUCACUCUGCUAAACGAAAGAAAAUUUGUGUUAGAUCUGAUUUAAUCUCGUCUUUGUCGCUUGAACUGAGGAUCAAAUAACUGAACCCAACUGGACUUGGAAAUGGGAGAGACAGUAAUAGAUUCAGAACAUGGCAUGACGAUCGGCUUAUCAGAUCCCAUGAAAAUUGAUCCUAGAAGAGAUCGGUUCCCAUGCUGCAUUGUUUGGACACCUCUUCCCUUAAUUUCAUGGCUGGUUCCCUUUAUCGGCCAUGUGGGUAUUUGCAGAGAAGACGGUGUCAUCCUCGACUUUGCAGGACCUAAUUUCGUCUGUGUUGAUAAUUUUGCAUUUGGAGCUGUUGCUCGAUAUAUUCAAAUCAACAAGAGAAAGGAAUCAUCUCGUUCUUCCGGUUCACGUAUGUUCAAUGGUGAGAGCAGAUAUGAACAAGAAGAAGGCAGUCAUGAGAAAGAGCCAAUGUGGGAUGAUGCACUGAGAAAAGGCACACAAGAGUACCAACAUCACUCAUAUAACAUAUUCACAUGCAACUGUCAUUCCUUUGUAGCCAACAACCUGAACCGUCUAGCUGUAAAGUCAGGCGGGUGGAACGUGGUGAAUCUAGCGGCACUUGUGUUCUUCAAGGGACGUUGGGUGAGCAAAGCGGCUAUAGUAAAGUCGUUGUUGCCUCCAGUCAUAGUCUACACUAUAGGAAUCUUACUUGGUGGUUGGACUUUCAUAGCUUCCUGCUCAAUUCUAGCGGUUUUGCUUACUGCUUGGUUCAUCAUGGGAACGUAUUGUUUCAAGAAACUGAUCCAGUUAUAGUUUGAAUAAUAAUGUACAAAUGAUGUCUACAGAAUGUUUUUACUUUUUACGAUGGAUAUUUACAACUUUGCUUUGUUUGUGGUUAAUUUGUUAAAAAAGCAAAAAUUUGAGGAGUAAAGUGGGAAUA